AUGUCGAGCAUCUCCCGUUCCCUGAACAUUCUGGCGCGCUCCAGCCGGGCAUCCCUGCUGCGCCCGCGUGCCGUCAAUCCCGUCCACCAUGUCUUCGCCAGCGACAAGAUGGCUGUUCGUGGACUGGCCACUGCUUUCGAGCGUACUAAGCCCCACGUCAACAUUGGUACCAUCGGUCACGUUGAUCACGGCAAGACCACCCUGACUGCUGCCAUCACCAAGCACCAGGCCUCCAAGGGCCUGGCCAACUUCCUCGCCUACAAUGCCAUCGACAAGGCCCCCGAGGAGCGCAAGCGUGGUAUCACCAUCUCUUCUGCCCACAUUGAGUUCCAGACCGAGGACCGUCACUACGCCCACGUUGACUGCCCCGGUCACGCUGAUUACAUUAAGAACAUGAUUACUGGUGCUGCCAACAUGGACGGUGCCAUUGUCGUUGUUGCUGCCUCUGAUGGCCAGAUGCCCCAGACCCGUGAGCACUUGUUGCUUGCCCGCCAGGUCGGUGUCCAGAAGAUCGUCGUUUUCGUUAACAAGGUCGACGCUGUCGAUGACCCCGAGAUGUUGGAGCUUGUCGAGAUGGAGAUGCGCGAUCUGCUCACCACCUACGGCUUUGAGGGUGAGGAGACCCCCAUCAUUUUCGGCUCCGCCCUGUGCGCCCUCGAGGGCCGCCGCCCUGACAUCGGUGCCGAGCGCAUUGACGACCUCAUGAAGGCAGUUGACACCUGGAUCCCCACCCCUGAGCGUGACAUGGACAAGCCCUUCCUCAUGUCUGUUGAGGAGGUCUUUUCCAUCCCCGGUCGUGGUACCGUCGUUUCGGGCCGUGUUGAGCGCGGUCUGCUGAAGAAGGAUACUGAGGUUGAGAUCGUCGGUGGCUCCAACGAGCCCAUCAAGACCAAGGUCACCGACAUUGAAACCUUCAAGAAGUCUUGCGACUUUUCCCAGGCUGGUGACAACUCCGGUUUGCUUCUCCGUGGUAUCCGCCGUGAGGACAUUCGCCGUGGUAUGGUCGUUGCCCUUCCUAACAGCACCAAGGCCGCCAAGAAGUUCCUGGUGUCCAUGUACGUCCUGACUGAGGAGGAGGGUGGCCGCCGCACUGGUUUCGGAUCCAACUACCGUCCCCAGGUCUACAUCCGCACUGCUGAUGAGCCCGGUGACCUCACCUUCCCCGACAACGACACCUCCCGCCGUGUCAACCCCGGUGACAACGUUGAGAUGGUUCUUGAGACUCACCGUCCUGUUGCUGCCGAGACUGGCCAGCGCUUCAACAUUCGUGAGGGUGGCCGCACCGUCGCUACCGGUUUGAUUACCCGUGUGAUUGAGUAA